ACCCUCAUAUCUAUCAUUCUUCUCUGCCAUUCUCAUUUCUACUCCAAAAAUUAAAGAAAAAAACAUUUUCUUUUUCCUCAUUCAACCCAUAAAAGCGCACACCCACACUACUCUACUUUUUCUGUCUUUAACAUGUGAAGGAAGCGUCACCAAACCUUCUCACUUCUUGCUCUAUACUGUCUGCACCAAUCUGACUCCUCCUUCUUCUUCUACACACGUACAUAUAUAUAUAUAUAUAACAUCGAGAAGAAUGGAGAAAUUGUUAGUUUUAGAGUUGAUUUGUGUUGUUUUAGUGAUGGGAAAUGUGAAUUAUGCAUGGGGAGGAGAUGGGUUGAUAAGCCCAUCCCAGUUGGAGAUGUUUGUGGAUGAAGUGCCAGACAUGCCCAGAAUCAAAGGUUUCCAUCUCCUCAAUGCCUCUCCUCUUCCCAAAUCACUGCGUAUCGGGAUGUUUUCCAAGAAAUGGAAAUUUCAUAGAGAUCUUCCUCCAACCCGAGUUUUCGCGUAUGGUACGUCAAAGGAAGCAGCAACAGUUCCCGGUCCUACAAUUGAAGCCCUCCAUGGAGUUGAAACUCUUGUGAAGUGGACAAAUCAUCUCCCCUCUAAGCACAUAUUGCCAUGGGACCCCACUAUUCCGACAGCCAUACCUCACAAAGGAAAGGGCAUUCCCACGGUGGUGCACCUCCAUGGCGGCAUCGAUGAACCGGAGAGUGAUGGCCACUCGACUGCAUGGUUCACGUCCGGGUUCAAAGAGCGGGGCCCCUCUUGGACAAAGAAAACUUAUCGCUACCACAAUCUUCAGCAUCCUGGGACGUUGUGGUACCAUGAUCAUGCAAUGGGAUUGACUAGAGUCAACCUUUUGGCUGGCCUAGUCGGAGCAUACAUAAUCCGACAACCACAUGUCGAGUUGCCACUUGGACUCCCAUACGACGAUGAAUUUGAUCGUCCGUUGGUUGUAUGCGAUCGUAGCUUUCGUACGGACGGUUCAAUAUUCAUGAAUUCUACAGGAAACAACCCCUCAAUACAUCCUCAAUGGCAACCGGAGUACUUUGGGGAUGCGAUUGUAGUCAACGGGAAGGCGUGGCCCUACAUGAUUGUUCGAAGGAGAAAAUACCGGUUUAGAAUCAUUAAUGCAAGCAAUGCGAGGUUUUUCAAGUUCUACUUCUCCAAUGGCUUGGGUUUUAUCCAUGUGGGAUCAGACUCAGCAUACAAUGAGAAGCCACUGAUGAUCAAGGAAUUUCUGCUAGCACCAUCUGAGAUUGCUGAUCUGAUUGUUGACUUCUCAAACUCCAACUCGGAUUCAGCUAUCUUGUGUAAUGAUGCACCAUAUCCCUACCCUUCCGGAGAUCCUGUCAAUGAAGCAAAUAGCAAAGUCAUGAAGUUCAUCAUAAAGGCCGGCCACGUGCUGGACAAGUCGAAAAUCCCAACCAAGUUGAUCAAAUAUCCGUCACCAAAUUUGUCCGAUGCAUCCAUCACAAGGUACAUUGCUCUGUAUGAGUACGCUAGCAACACCGACGAGCCUAUGCAUUUAUAUAUCAAUGGGAAGCCAUAUGAAGCUCCGGUGACUGAGAUAGCUAAGGUUGGUUCCACUGAGAUUUGGAACAUAAUCAACUUGACAGAGGAUAAUCAUCCAUUGCACAUCCAUUUGGGACUUUUUGUGGCUUUAGAUCAGACGGAGUUGCUGGAUGUGGAUAAAUUCAGAGAAUGCAUGAAGAAAAUCAACGACGCCAUCAAAUGCCAAGUCGACAAGUACGCACGUGGCAAGAAAAUAGAGGUGCCUGCCCAUGAGAAGGGAUGGAAAAAUGUGUACAAGAUGAUGCCAGGAUACAUGACGAAGAUACUAGUGAGGUAUUCGUAUAUUCACUCGAAUGCUUCAUAUCCUUUUGAUGCCACUGCAGAGCCGGGCUACGUUUACCAUUGCCAUAUCUUGGAUCAUGAGGAUAACGUUAUGAUGAGACCCUUGAAAUUCACUAAUUGAUGCAUGGAGAAGCAAUUACAUGCAGCGUUCUUGAAGUAGAGCUGCAGCAGCACAUUGAUGACAUAUGGAGACAAUAUUAUGCCACAAAAAUGUUAUUCUACACUUUGUAUUUGCAUGAUAUUCAUGAUUACAUAUAUCUUGGAAAAUAAUCGAAUAAUGUAAAGGAAGAGAAAUAUUGAAAAACCA